AUGAAUAUCCGAAAAACACCGCCAAACUACCAAGGCGACUACCAGAUUAGUCUUGAACAGUGUAUUCCAUUUGGUAACAUCCGACCCUUCACCAAUGCCAGCCGUAUGGUAAAAGAACGCAUCAUUGAGCGAGAAAUAGGACCGCGAAUCCCAUUCGGCAGCAUGUGUCUUCUGCGCGACAGACCCGAGAAUAUCGAUACCCUUUUGUAA